CCUUGGUGUGAAGGUGCCUUUAGAGUGAACAGUGUUCCUAAACUCCAGAGGUGCAGAGUCAAACCUGCAGUUGUUAAACUGCUAUCACUAACACAAUGUGUACUUGUUUCUGUUCUCAGUGAAGCUGCUAAGAAUGCCAAACUAUUGCGGGAGUUUCAAUUGAUCCCCAGACUGCUGCUGACUCUGAGGGAUCAAUCUCUGUCUCAGCCCACCAUCGCUGCAAUCGGCAAUGUCCUCAGUCUCCUGCUUCAAGGCUUCCCCAACUCAUAUGACCUACUCAGGUUUGGGCAGUUUAUCUCUUCAACAUUGCCAACAUUUGCAGUCUGUGAGAAGUUUGUCAUUAUGGAGAACACCAAUGAGGAGAAGAUCGACAGGGGAGCUGAGGAUGAGUUUGGAGGCCUCCUGUCAUCCAACUUGAUUCUUCUGCGGAACAGACUGCUGGACAUCCUCCUCAAACAACUCUUCACCUGCAAAGAGAAGAACAUUGUUAAUGUACAGGCUUGCGAAGAACUUGUGCGCACCUUGGGUUUUGAUUGGUUGCUGAUGUUUAUGGAAGAACACAUUCACUCCAGUACAGUGACGGCAGCUCUCUUAAUCUUGGUGGUGUUGCUGAGUAACCAAUCCAUCCUGAGCCGGUUUAAAGAGGGUCUGUCUGGAGGAGGAUGGCUGGACCACACUGACUCUGUGCUCACUAAUAAGAUUGGCACUGUUCUGGGUUUUAACGUUGGCCGCAGCGCAGGGGGCAGGUCGACAUUGCGUGAAAUCAACCGAGAUGCCUGCCAUUUCCCAGGAUUCCCUGUGUUGCAAACUCUACUGCCCAAACACACCAAUGUCCCAGAGAUCUACUUCAUGCUCAUGGCCCUUUUCCUCCAGCAGCCAAUCACAGAGCUGCCUGACAGCCUGCAGGUACAUUUUGACCUGGAUUCUAUCUGGACGUUUAUAUUUGGUGUCCCAUCUUCCAGUGCUACAGUGGUGGGCUCCAUUCACAACAUGUGCACUGAAGCAGCGUUCCUGCUCCUGGCAAUGCUGCGCAGCAUGCUCAACCUGCCUUGGCAGUCAGAGGAGGAGGGUUCCUGGCUGAGAGAAUAUCCCAUCACUCUCAUGCAGUUUUUCCGUUACCUCUAUCACAACAUCCCAGAUCUGGCACACAUGUGGCACAGCCCGGACUUCCUGUGUACACUUGCUGCUACGGUUUUCCCCUUCAAUAUACGGCCUUACUCUGAGAUGGUGAGUGAUUUGGAUGAUGAAGCAAGCUCACCCACAGAAGAGUUCAAAGCCUUUGUGACAGAUACAGGCAUGAACCGUAGCCAGUCAGAAUACUGUAAUGUAGGCAAUAAAACCUACUUGACCAACCACCCAGCCAAGAAGUAUGUCUUUGACUUCAUGAGGGUCCUCAUCAUGGACAACCUGUGCAUGACACCUGCCAGCAAACAGACGCCCAUCAUUGAUCUUCUGCUAGAGGCCUCACCAGAGCGGUCAACCAGGACCCAGCAGAAAGAGUUUCAGUCAUACAUCCUGGACAGUGUGAUGGAGCAGCUUCUGGCAGCAGAUGUUCUGUUGGGUGAGGAGGCAUCAUUGCCAAUAACGACAGGAGGAAGUUAUCAGGUCCUGGUCAACAAUGUGUUCUACUUCACACAGCGUGUGGUGGAUAAGCUUUGGCAGGGCAUGUUCAACAAAGAGUCCAAGCUCGUGGUGGAUUUCAUAGUUCAGCUGAUCACCCAGUCCAAACGGCGAUCACAGGGUUUGUCUCUGGACUCAGUCUACCAUUGUCUGAACCGAACAAUCCUCUACCAGCUCUCACGACCACACAAAACGGUCCCGCAACAGGUCACCUUGCUGGAUUCACUACGUGUGCUGACGGUAAACCGAAACCUCGUGCUGGGACCUGGCAACCAUGACCAGGAGUUUGUGGCUUGUCUGGCCCACUGCUUGAUCAACCUGCACACGGGGAGUAGUGUGGAGGGAUUUGGUUUGGAGGCAGAGGCCAGAAUGACCACCUGGCAUGUCGCGGUUCCUUCUGAGAACAAGUCGGACCAUGUCCAGAGCCAGGAUGUUAGCGAAGGUCGUCAGUUGCUGCUCAAGGCAGUGAAUCGUGUGUGGACAGAGCUCAUGCACAGUAAGCGGCAAAUGCUGGAGGACAUUUUUAAAGUGUCUCUACCAGUCAAUGAUCGAGGACAUGUGGACAUCGCCACUGCUCGACCUGCUUUAGAGGAACCUGCUGCUAAAAGCUGGCAGAACCACCUGGUCCACGAGAAGAAAUGCAUCAGCAGGGGCGAAACCGUUGCCCCAGCGAAUCAGUCCAAACUGUCUCGAGUCAGCAGUGGCUUUGGUCUGUCCAAACUUACUGGCUCCCGUCGCAGCAAGAAGGAAAGUGGAAUGAACAAGAACAAUCUUUCUGCACAGGAAACCUUUCAGUGGAUGUUCACGCACAUUGCUGUGGUCCGGGACUUGGUCGCAAUGCAGUACAAGGAGCAUCAAGAGAGACAGCAGAAUGCGCUGAAGUAUGUGAUGGAUGAGUGGGCAGGGAUUGAAUAUGAGCUGCUUCGUGAGAGGGGCCUCUGGGGGCCUCCUAUUGGCUCCCACCUGGACAAGUUUCAGUUGGACAUGACUGAGGGACCCUGUAGAAUGAGGAAGAAGAUGGUUCGGAAUGACAUGUUUUACAUUCAUUAUCCCUACGUGCCUGAUCCUGAGCCCAAUGCAAGCACUCAGAAUCAAUCACAGGUGCCAUUAAUGGGUGCAAUGGUUAACAUACCAGUCCAGUUCCAGUUCCUGGCAGUUGUUCCUUCACUAGCCGACAGCUCAGAAUCUGUCUCUGGGCAACGUCCCAACACCAGUGUGGAACAAGGGUCUGGUCUUCUCAGUACGCUGGUCGGCGAGAAGUCAGUGACCCAAAGAUGGGAGAGAGGUGAAAUCAGUAAUUUCCAGUAUUUGAUGCAUCUCAACACACUGGCUGGCAGGUCAUAUAAUGACCUGAUGCAGUAUCCCGUCUUUCCAUGGAUCCUGGCAGACUUUGACUCUGAGGAACUGGACCUCAACAAUCCAAAGACAUUCCGAAACUUAUCCAAACCCAUGGGAGCUCAGACAGAUGACAGACUGAUCCAGUACAAGAAAAGAUUCAAAGACUGGGAGGAUCCUAAUGGCGAGACUCCAGCAUAUCAUUAUGGCACUCAUUACUCCUCUGCAAUGAUUGUGGCCUCAUAUCUGGUCAGAAUGGAGCCUUUCACACAGAUCUUUCUCAGGCUUCAGGGAGGACAUUUUGAUCUGGCCGACCGAAUGUUUAACAGCAUACGAGAGGCUUGGCUCUCUGCUUCCAAACACAACAUGGCUGAUGUGAAGGAACUCAUUCCGGAGUUCUUCUACCUUCCUGAGUUCCUGCUCAAUUCCAACAACUUCGAUCUUGGGAGUAAACAGAAUGGCACCAAGCUUGGAGAUGUGAUUCUGCCUCCGUGGGCAAAAGGAGACCCGAGAGAGUUCAUCAGGGUUCACAGAGAGGCUUUGGAGUGUGACUAUGUCAGCGCCCAUCUGCAUGAAUGGAUCGAUCUGAUCUUUGGUUACAAGCAGCAGGGUCCUCCAGCGGUGGAAGCAGUCAAUGUCUUCCACCAUCUCUUCUAUGAGGGCCAGGUGGACAUCUACAACAUUAAUGACCCACUUAAAGAAACCGCUACCAUUGGAUUCAUCAACAACUUUGGCCAGAUCCCAAAACAGCUUUUUAAGAAGCCCCAUCCUCCAAAGCGAGUGCGCAGUAAGUCAAACGGAGAGGUACCUGGUGUACCUGUUACACUCAACUCCAGCUUAGACAAAAUCUUCUUCCAUCAUCUGGACAACUUGCGGCCCUCUCUCACACCUGUCAAAGAGCUGAAGGAGCCAGUGGGUCAGAUAGUGUGCACUGACAAAGGCAUUCUGGCUGUUGAGCAGAACAAGGUGUUGGUUCCUCCUGCCUGGAAUAAAACCUUCGCCUGGGGCUAUGCGGACCUCAGCUGCCGCCUCUCCAACUAUGAGUCUGACAAGGCGGUUGUAGUAUAUGAGUGCCUGUCUGAGUGGGGGCAGAUCCUGUGUGCUAUCUGUCCCAAUCCCAAACUGGUCAUUACUGGAGGAUUAAGCACUGCUAUCUGUGUAUGGGAGACCGGGACUUCCAAAGAGAAAGCCAAGAGCCUCACACUCAAACAGGCUCUUCUGGGCCACACAGAUGCAGUUACAUAUCUCACAGCGUCAUCAGCUUACCACAUCAUCGUGAGUGGCUCUCGGGACCGUACGUGCAUCAUUUGGGACCUGAAUAAGCUGUCUUUCGUCACCCAGCUGAGGGGCCAUCGGGCUCCUGUCUCAGCGCUCUGCAUCAAUGAGCUUACUGGUGAUAUAGUGUCCUGUGCUGGCACCUACAUCCAUGUGUGGAGCAUCAAUGGAAGUCCCAUCGCCAGCGCCAACACUUUCACUGGCCGGAGCCAACAAAUCCUCUGCUGCUGCAUCUCAGAGAUGAAUGAGUGGGACACACAGAAUGUUAUCGUUACGGGACACUCCGACGGUGUUGUCAGGUUCUGGAGAAUUGAGUUCCUCCAAGUCCCAGAAACCCCUGCUCCAGAGCCUGUAGAGCCCCCCGAUGUGCCAGACUGCUGUGGAGAGAUUGAGGGUCGUGAUGCUCCAGAGGAUGACAGCAGUGAGUCUGAAGGAGAGGAAACCAGCCUCAGUCAGGACCCUAAACCCCUAAACAGCCAGCCCAGCAGCACGGUCCACAGACCCAAACCUCGCACCGGAGCCUCCUGGUCGGUGGACAGCAGCUCUGACGACUCCCGCCGCUGGUCGGACACACUCAGUAUUGAUGAGAAGGAUGGCUUUGUUUUUGUAAACUACUCAGAGGGCCAGAUUAGAGCGGGAAUUCCCUCACAGCCACAUUUACAACCGCACUCAGCACCCUCGCAUGGGCCAGUACCACAGCCUCUUCAGCCCAGUACUAUGGAGGCUCGGUCAUACAACAAGCUCAAACCAGGCUACAGAUGGGAGAGACAGCUGGUGUUCCGGAGCAAACUCACCAUGCACACAGCGUUUGACCGCAAGGACAACGCUCAUCCUGCGGAAAUCACCUCGCUUGCCAUUUCAAAAGACCACAGUAAGAUCCUGGUAGGCGACAGCAGUGGCCGCGUGUUUAGCUGGUCUGUCAGUGAUCAGCCCGGACGCUCUACCGCAGACCACUGGGUGAAGGACGAGCAGGUGGACAGCUGCUCUGGAUGCACUGUGCGUUUCUCCCUCACUGAAAGGCGCCACCACUGCAGAAACUGUGGCCAGGUCUUCUGCCAGAAGUGUAGUCGCUUCCAGUCAGAGAUCAAGCGGCUGAAAAUCUCCUCUCCUGUGCGUGUCUGUCAGAACUGUUACUACAACCUGCAGCAUGAGCGGGGCUCUGAAGAAAGCCCGAGAAACUAGUUCACCCUCACCCCACAUCACAUCACAUGCCCAAAGCCCAAAAUCCCAACCACCCUCAAAAAAACAUUUCACUGCUCCCCGUGCAAGAUCUCAUUGGUCAAAAUCUCCUAAAUGGCAUCACUAAUGCUCAUAAUUUCAUACACUGGAGAAGUGUGACCGUUCAAAAGAGACUUUUGUUAGUUUACUUUUCCAUUCAUGCAUUUUCUUUUGCAGAAUGCUCCGUCAUCUCAUUGGAAUCAUCCACAAAGUCGGCAUUAUGUUUAGAUAUUAGAAAAAGCAAUGCGUAUAAAACGCUUCCUGAUGAAACGAGAUGACACUUGUUUAUAUUGUAAAUACUUACAAUGGCAUUUUUAACUAGAAACAGUGAAACAAAAAGUCAUUAUUAAGAGAUAAAAGAAGAAAUCAAAACGCAUUGCUUGUAAUAUAGUAUUACAGUAUGUUAAAAAUCACUCUUGGCUUUAAAAGAACAAAACUGCGAGUGUGUGUGUAGUCGAUGUCACAAGUCACAGCCUCCCAGCGGGAAUAAUAUUGGGGACUAUGAAUGUUGAUAAAUGUUUGUGGGUUGACAUUGCAAAUGACAUGCAAAUGCUUAAUUAUGUUUAUUUUAUAUGUUCUGUUGUGUUGCCCACAGUAUCAGUCAGUUGCCAUAGACAACUUUUUCCAUUUAAAUUUUGUUGCCAACCUGCCUUGAUAUGCAACUAUUAUCUUAUUUUAACAGUUGUGUAGGUCAAUGAAAGUAUGUAAAUGUUGAACUUAGAUUAAAGACCACUUUAAAUUAUUUUUUUUAAAUGACAGGAUUCAUUCAAACUUUAAAUGAUUCCACCACACGUGUUAUGCGACAGAAGACAGAAACGUUUCUGACCAAUUGAAAGACUAAUAUCAAACAUGCUUCUGAAGUGUCAGAGUUCCUGCUUAUUUCAUAUCGUUUCACAUCUGUACAUUUUGCAUUAGUGUGGGACUUCUCUGACUAAUUCUUCAUCUGUUAUUAACUAAUAUGCAUUAGACAACUUAAAUGUUACUCUCUGGCACUAGCUUAAAAAUUAUGGUUUUGUUUUUAGUAAAAACGUGCAUGUAUUCUUAUUCUUAAAAAAUCACUAUUUUAACCGUUUGCGAUGUUGCACCAGUGUAAAUGUCUGUAGAUUAGGAAAGCAAUAGUUACUGAUGUUUUCACUCCACACACAUUUCACGAAAGACUGUAGCUUGAAUGUUAUCAUGUGUACAGAAAAAGGGAUUUAACAAUUUUAAUGGACUGGAAGCCUAGUUUCUUCUUACCUUAGACAAAACUAUGAAAGAGAAAGUUUUUUCUUCUUUUUCUUUUUGAUACUGUGGGCAAUACCCUAUCAAAAGUGCUGCUUUGAUUAAUAGAGAGAAUUUAUUUUUCUUUCUUUAAAUGGUCUGACACCUGCAACUUUAAAAAGAUGAACCAUUGCAGUUGUUUUAUUCACUGUUGUAUGAUUUCCGUACAGCCUAAUAUGCACUCCUUAUAGUUGAAUUAUUCUAUAUUAAUGUACUGUAAUUCAGCGUGCCAUCAUAACAUCAUAAAGCUGUUGGGGUUUUGCUGUCGACAAGCAGCUCAAAGAUCAAAUGGCUAUAUCAAUCUGAAAUAAUUUUUGCACCUUGACAUGUAGAAAAGACAAAGAAAUGGAGUAAUCGCUGUUUUGUCAGAUGCAUUUUUAUGGUGUGGGGUAUUAUUUUGAAAGGGUGCAUUUCUUUACAGUAAGAUGAACUGUACAAAGUAUUUAUGCAAUUAUUUUGUUUUCUUUUUUAUGAUUUUCCAGCUAGGUUGGUUACUUGUUGCAUGUCUAACACAGCUGACUUUCUGUGUCAGUGUAUUGUACAUGUUUUGGCAUUAUGUUUUAUUUGUUUUCUCUUUCUUUGGCUCAUUUUUAUGGCAUUAUCUAACGAGUCGAUCCUGAGGGUUUUGUGUACAGCUUUAGGUGGAUAUACAGAGUGUCCCACGACUCUUUGGUUGACUUUUUGUACUCUAAUGUAUGGAUGUUGAGGACUGAUCCCGGAACUGAUGAAUUACACAUGGAUUGUCCCUGUUUGGUGGUCUUGUGAUAGACUGCAUAACUACAGUAUCUAGUGUGCAAAACUGUGGUAGCUGAAUGUUCAUUGUAUAUUUGUGUUGAAAAACAAUUACAUGAACCCCUCCCCCAUAAAUAACCCCUAUACUGUACCUGUUAUUAUGACGCAAUAGAUAUGGUACUCAUACCUUUUAAUUUAGUUUCAAUUAAAUACUUGCUGUUUACCACCA